AGUUCACCGCCAAAAUUCCUUUACACUUUGUCGACGAUGGAGUACGAACGGCGACUUGAAGCGGCGGCCAAAGUCAUACUCGCAGAGGAUUCAAAAGCAAGCCACGCGCCUCCGGAUUUCAGAGCAUUCGGGGUCACGGCGACUCUAAAGCCUCACCAAGUCGAAGGAGUCUCUUGGCUUAUUCAGAAAUAUCUUCUCGGCGUCAAUGUCGUUCUCGGAGACGAGAUGGGAUUGGGAAAGACUCUCCAGGCAAUUUCUUUCCUGAGUUAUUUGAAGUUUCAUCAAGGGUUGCGAGGGCCAUUUCUGGUGCUGUGUCCCUUAAGCGUAACGGAUGGUUGGGUGUCAGAGAUCAAUAGGUUCACUCCAAAACUUGAUGUUCUUAGAUAUGUUGGUGAUAAGGAUUGCCGUCGGAAUUUGCGUAAGUCCAUGUAUGAUCAUGUCAAGAAGAGCUCCAAGGGAUCUUUAUUACCCUUCGAUGUGUUGUUGACAACAUAUGAUAUAGCAUUGGUGGAUCAGGACUUUCUUUCUCAGAUUCCGUGGCAGUAUGCUAUAAUUGAUGAAGCUCAAAGACUCAAGAAUCCCAACAGUGUUCUGUACAAUGUCUUACUUGAACAAUUUCUCAUUCCACGGCGUCUCUUGAUUACUGGCACACCUAUUCAGAACAAUCUUACCGAACUUUGGGCUCUUAUGCAUUUUUGCAUGCCAUUAGUUUUUGGGACUCUAGACCAGUUCCUUUUCGCAUUCAAAGAGACUCGGGAGUUUUUAUCAGGUCUUGAUGCGUCAAAUGUCAAGGAAACAUAUAAGAGUUUGAAGUUUAUCUUAGGUGCCUUUAUGCUACGGCGUACAAAAUCUUUGCUGAUUGAGUCUGGGAAUCUGGUGCUGCCACCUCUCACGGAGCUAACUGUAAUGGUUCCGCUCGUCAGUCUUCAAAAGAAAAUAUAUACCUCAAUACUGAGGAAAGAGCUUCCAGGGCUUCUUGCGCUGUCUUCUGGAUCAUCCACUCAUACGUCUUUGCAAAAUAUUGUGAUACAACUCAGAAAAGCAUGUAGCCAUCCUUACUUAUUUCCAGGUAUUGAACCGGAACCUUUUGAAGAGGGCGAACACCUUGUUCAGGCGAGUGGUAAGCUUUUAGUUUUGGAUCAACUGCUCAAGAGGCUCCAUGAUAUUGGACAUCGUGUCCUCCUAUUUUCCCAAAUGACCUCUACACUUGACAUUUUGCAGGAUUUUAUGGAGCUUCGUAGAUAUUCUUAUGAGCGUCUUGAUGGAUCAGUACGGGCUGAAGAACGUUUUGCUGCCAUAAAGAGUUUCAGUACGAAAACAGAAAGAGGAUUGGAUUCUGAAGCUGAUGCAAGCGAUGCCUUUGUUUUCAUGAUCUCAACGAGAGCAGGGGGAGUCGGUUUGAAUCUUGUUGCUGCUGACACUGUUAUAUUCUAUGAACAAGAUUGGAACCCGCAGGUGGAUAAGCAAGCUUUGCAACGAGCUCAUCGGAUUGGACAAAUCAGCCAUGUGCUGUCUAUAAAUCUCGUUACUGAAUAUACCGUGGAAGAGGUUAUUUUGAGGAGGGCAGAGAGGAAGUUGCAGCUUAGUCAUAAUGUUGUAGGAGAUACCAUGGAAGAGAAAGAGGAAGAUCGUGGUGAUUUGCGGUCUCUAGUGUUUGGUUUACAAAGGUUUGAUCCUGGGGAGAUUCACGAUGAAGAAUCUGAUAACCUGAAAAUGGUAGAAAUAAGUUCUCUUGCUGAGAAAGUUGUUGCAAUUCGUCAAAACAUUGAACCAGAUAAGGAAGCAAGAAAGUUUGAAAUGAAUUCGAGUGACACUCUGAGAGGAAAUUCGUCAUCAGCAGAUCUAAAUUCCGAGCUUGAUGAAGCUUCUUACCUUUCAUGGGUUGAGAAAUUGAAGGAAGCAUCACGAUCAAGCAAGGAUGAAAAAUUUAUGGAGUUGGGAAACAGAAAGAAUGUAUCCGAGGAAAGACAUCUGAGAGUUGAGGCUGCCAGGAAAAAGGCAGAAGAGAAGAAGUUAGCCACUUGGGAAGCACAUGGUUAUCAGUCUUUGUCUGUGGAAGAGCCAAUUAUUCCUGAUGACGUUGACUCUAGUUCAGAUGCAGGAUCUGUUCACUUUGUUUAUGGAGACUGCACGCAUCCAUCAACUGUCCCUCAUGAGCCAGCAAUCAUAUUCAGCUGUGUUGAUGACUCUGGAAACUGGGGACGUGGCGGAAUGUUUGAUGCUCUGUCAAAGCUUUCGAAUAUCGUACCUGAUGCAUAUCACAGAGCAUCUGAAUUCAAAGACCUUCAUCUUGGAGACCUCCAUCUUAUUAAAGUUGAUGACAAUGAUGACCAAGAAAACGCUGAAGAAAGCAAACCUCUUUGGGUGGCACUUGCAGUUGCACAAUCUUACAAACCGAGGCGUAAAGUUCCUCGUAGUAGCAUUUCAAUUCCAGACCUUGAAUGUUGCUUGGCCAAAGCUUCAUUCUCUGCUUCUCAGAAAUCAGCUUCACUUCACAUGCCACGUAUUGGUUACCGAGACGGAUCAGACCGAUCUCAAUGGUACACUGUUGAGCGUCUUCUUCGCAAAUACUCCUCCAUCUUUGCCGUGGAAAUAUUUGUGUACUAUUACCGUCGAUCUACCUGAUGCCCUGAGCUCAAAUCUCCACUCCGUGUGCUAUUUACUGUGUAAAAAAUAAAAAUGCACAAGAUAGUAUCGUUUUUUGUUGUAAUAUAGUUGAGCCAGUAGGCCCAUUCUAUCGGCCCAUAUAGAUAUAUAAUUAAAACAGAGCCUAAUCUUCUUAUAUUCGUCGACUCGUUUCAUCUUGAUCUCUAAGCCAGUACACGUGUUGCGUCGACACUGCGUGUUGUUCCACGCUCGUCAAAUUAUUUGUGCCUGCGGUUAUAAAUUGCCUUUUUUUUAAUCGAUUAACCAAGCUUCUUUUCCCAGCGGGUUAGG